CACCACUACAGCUCCAAGCUACCAUCCAAAACACCUGAGACACCUCAAGCCGCCCACCGCGCCCUGAGAAUCUCACGUCAAUACCGCAAACAUGGUCAAGACUUCCGUCCUCAACGAUUGCCUCAAUGCGAUCAACAACGCCGAGAAGACCGGCAAGCGCCAGGUCCUGAUCCGACCCAGCUCCAAGGUCAUCGUCAAGUUCCUCCAGGUCAUGCAGAAGCACGGCUACAUUGGAGAGUUCGAGGAGGUUGAUGACCACCGCAACGGCAAGAUCGUCAUCCAGCUCAACGGCCGCCUCAACAAGACCGGUGUCAUCAGCCCACGCUACAACGUCCAGCUCAACGACCUCGAGAAGUGGGUUGUCAAGCUCCUGCCAUCGCGUCAAUUCGGCUACAUCGUCCUCACCACCUCUGCCGGUAUCAUGGACCACGAGGAGGCCAGGCGGAAGCACGUCGCUGGCAAGAUCAUCGGUUUCUUUUACUAGAUAUCGAGGUCAGUCGGCGAUGAGGAAGGGCAAGGAAAGAAUGCCAGCAUAGCGCGGCGUUCGUGGCUAUAGCAGCAUUCAAUCAAAAAGUCAUUUCGCUUCC